UGCAAACAUAUCUAUUCACGUGGUGUUUAAAGCUGAUCUAGAAGAUGAGAUUCUUUCCUCGCCAAAAGCUCUUCCGCACCUCAAUAAAUGACGAUCGCGGUCAUCUUUGAAAGCACCUCUGGCGAAAAUACACUUCAGUCCAUCUUCCCGGGAAGUCGCUCUCACAAGACAAAACGCAAUUGCUAAACAAAGCCGACCAUGGUGUCAAAAACUCUUGCUGGCGUUCAACGAAGGGACCUCUUGCGGGAUAAAGCAUUUAUUGACGAUGUCUGGGUCAGCGCCUUGUCGGGCAAGACUUUCGACGUGGUCGAUCCAGCUACCCUGGAGAAACUCGCUACGUUGCCCGAAAUGGGAGCUGCGGACGUGAACAAGGCUGUCGAGGCCGCGGACAGGGCAUUUGCGGCAUACAAACAGACCACGGCACGCCAACGAGCCCGGUGGCUCCGUCGAUGGAACGAUCUCGUCCUCGAAAACGCCCAGGACCUGGCCCUCCUGACCACCGCGGAGAACGGGAAGACCUUGGCCGAGGCGAGAGCCGAAGUCAUCUACGGCGCCUCAUUCCUCGAAUGGUACGCCGGCGAAGCCGAACGGACGCACGGCGAGACCGUUCCUUCGGCGAAUCUUGCACAAAGGAUUGUCACGAUCAAACAGCCCAUCGGCGUGGCGACGUGUCUCGUGCCAUGGAAUCUGCCCAUCGCGAUGAUCACCCGGAAGGUCGGAGCCGCUUUGGCUGCUGGCUGCACCACGGUUUGGAAGCCAGCCGGAGAGACACCACUGUCGUCUCUUGCACUGGCUGUCCUGGCCAGAGAGGCUGGCUUUCCACCAGGGAGCAUCAACGUGAUUACGACCUUACAUCGAGUUGCGGAGGUCGGUGAAGCGUUAUGUACCAACAAGCUGGUGCGGAAAUUGAGCUUUACCGGAAGCACCCGAAUCGGGAAGCUUCUGGCCCGGCAGUGCAGCGAAAACCUUACAAAACUCUCCCUUGAGCUAGGCGGCAACAGCCCUUUUCUUGUGUUCGACGACGCCGAUGUCGACAAGGCGGUCAAGGCUUGUCUCUUGGCCAAGUUUCGUAACGCAGGCCAGACCUGCGUGACAGCUAACAGGAUCUUGGUCCAAGCUGGAAUUUACGAGGCGUUUGUUUCUGCUUUGAUCGAAAAGGUGAAGGCCCUCAAAGUGGGCCACGGCAUCGAGGAAGGUGUUGAUAUCGGUGCUUUGACGCACGAGCGUGCUGUUGAAAAGGCGAUGAGGCACAUCAAGAGCGCAGUAGAUCUCGGUGGUCAAAUUGCUCUUGGUGGAGGACCGCUUGAUAGCAAGGGCGGCUAUUUUAUCCAACCGACCGUCAUCAAAAACAUGUCUCGCAGUACUAUAACCUGGAAGGAGGAGACUUUUGCACCGGUUUUGGGAGUUUACAAAUUCGAGACUGAAGAGGAGGGAAUAGCCCUGGCCAACGACUGUGACGUCGGCCUGGGAAGCUUCAUUUGCACUUCGAGCAUUGCGCGCAGUUGGCGUGUUGCGGAAGCGCUGCAAGUCGGCAUGGUUGGGGUCAACUUGGGCCUGCUCAGUGCAGCAGAGAAUCCCUUUGGCGGUGUCAAGGAAAGCGGUUAUGGUAAGGAAGGUGGCCGUCAAGGGAUCGACGAGUACUUGCAGCAGAAGUCAAUAUUCAUCGACGUCACCGAGUGA